AUGUUUCCAAUAACUUGUAACGCCCUGGGCGACAUCGUCACCCUUGCUUCUCUCGUGUUCGACAUCAUCAUCGCGCUCAAUGAGACCCGUGGCUCCGCCGCUGAUUACCGCAUAUUGGUCGGAGAGCUAAACGCCAUGCACACAAUGCUGACAGCAGUGGCUCGCGUUGCUCAGGAUACAUCGAACCACCUGCUUCGCCAUGAGAUCCUGAGAGAAGUUGACCGCUGCGGUGCAGAUGUGCAGAACGCCCUUGCCCGUAUUGUCAAGUUCUCUGCGCUCAGUCACGCAGGUGGCGGAGGCAACUCCGCCCGCGUCUAUCUUGCGCGCCAACGGUACAAGCUCGAGUGGCAUUUCGUUCAACGUGGGACGAUACAGACGGUUCGGGCAGAACUGCAGACGGCUACACAGCGCUUAACAGCGCUGCUUGUGAUCUCCAACGCGGACGGGGCAACACGGUUUCGCACAUCCAUGUUCGAUCAGUUCCGUGUCCUGGCGGAGCGGGAUGCCGCGCACUUUCGUGCCAUCGGGAAUAUCACGUCCAUGUUAGGCGAGCUGAAGGUUGCCUCUCGGGGCGACCGUGCCUUUGUGGAAGAGUUAUUCACGAGUGCACCUGAUAGUGUAGACCGCAAGACCGUGGCAGUUGCGGUACUCUGCGUGGCGAUUGGCACCGUACAUGUUGCGGACCGAGGUACACAGACGGCACUUCUACUCGCCGUGAUCUGUAUCCUCCUAUGCCCAGCCAGACAGAGGAGAGUCACGCUUGUGCACGACAUCGCCUACACGGAGGCUAAUGCGGUGACUCUGUUCGAUGCGCUCGGGCGACGCCUAGUACUCCCCAUCGAGCUCUGCACCACAUACAGCUCCUUCCACGCGACCAUCGUCGUCCUGUUCUUCGGAUCGCCUGGCCAAUAUUUCGUUGAGACUCAUGCAUACGAUGUCACAGAUUUGAGCACGGCUGACCUACUUACCCCUGAGAACUGGAGUGUCGUUGUUCGUUCGGGUGUAAAGGUGGAGAUGUCCAUUGUCGUACAGCAGGUGAGCAGUGACCGGGAACUGAUCCAAUGCCCUUGUUGCGUUGGUCCUGCCUUUGAGCCCAAGCAUAGGGCGGGCAUGCUAUGCACGGGGUGUGUUCGAACCUUCGAAGUCACCACGAGAGGACGGUUUUCGAGCGCGCUAGCUGUAGUCUCCGACAUUACCCGCGAUUCGGACGACUACGCCGAAAGCGUGAAUGACUGCGGAUACAUGUAUACUGGUACUGUACUAGAGGUACCCGGAGUACAGCCAUACGUUGGGCAUCUCUGGGGCCUAAUGAGUGGGGAACAAACGUCCACCCAGGAUGGGAGACUCGUUGUGCACAGUGGGCCAUGGCAGGCACAGAUCCGCGCAUUCAAGCGCAUCCGCGUACUGUGCGACGACACUGUUCCCCACAUUUCGUUCAGAGAUCAGCGAAGCGCCCUGCAUCUGGCAGCUGGAAACGGCCAGGUCAACGUAGUCGCCGAGCUUCUGGAUCGCGGCGCGGACGUCGAUGCUCGCGAUCGGCUCGGCCAUACGGCGCUCCAUUAUGCCGCCCACCGAGUGCAGGUCGCCGUGAUGCUACUUUUGCUCGAUCGAGGGGCCUCGAUAGACGCCACGCCGGCGGUGAACUACUUGACACCACUCGCUUGCGUCGUCUGGCGCCGUCACCGUGCAGCCGCAAGGUUGUUGCUCGCGCUAGGCGCCAUCAUCACAGCACCGCACACCUCCAGAGUCGCAGUUUUUUACGCCGCCGCCUCCGUGGGCGAUGUCGCUACUGCUCAGGCUAUGAUACGCCUUGGGGUGGAUGUGAACUCGAUUGACGAUCUGGGCAAGAGCGCGCUACACCGUGCAGCAGGAGGUGGCAACUACAAGAUGGUCGAGACGCUUCUUGAGUACGGUGUCAACGUGAAUGCGCGCUCAUGGAGAGGCAACACGCCGUUGGCGCUUGCGAUGAGAGGCGGGUUCGUGGAAGUCGUACGCCUACUGCUUGAAGCUGGUGCAAGAAUGGACACAAUGCCACCCUCGUUGUUUCUGAAUAUGUAG